AUGUCUCCAAACACAACCCAGAAACUGUGGUCCCAUUUACGGGAUCCAAGAUCCGCCUCGAAAAGCUUUGCAUCUUGCAGCUUUCUUUUCAUCGAUAUCAACCCUACAACAACCUCAACGACCUCGGCGCUUGCGUCAUGCACAGCAACCGCAGAAAAGUCUCUAUACUCGUCUCCCAAGAUUCCCCGACAGACGAUUACUUCCUUGGCACAGCAAGCAUGGCGGAGGGAAAUUCAUCUGAGUGCCCGGAGGCGGGAAAGAGGAAGUGCAAAGAGGAAUAAGAGCUCUGCAACUCAUACACCGAACACCCGGAAAUCCCCUCCAAAUGGGGCCAACCACCCUCAAGCUGCGCCGAUAGCGAAGAAAACCGAGACCCCGGUACCGGAUCCCAAUGCAACUGGCUAUUUGCAUCUGCCUCACAUGCAUCGACCGACGAAAGAGGAACUUCUUGCAGCUGCAACUGGAUUCUGGUCACGUCUAAAGAUGCGAUUCAAAUGGUUCUCUAUCAGAAGUGCUCGGCCAUGGAAUGUUGAUGACUGGAGUGCCUUCGUCUCAUGGUUUGUGUUGGGGAAUAUUGUCUGGGUUUUAGUCGGGACAACCACAUUUUUCUCCUUGGUCAUUCUGUCUAUCAAUACUGUUGUAGCACAAGAAACGUUGGCGAGAUGGGUCGGCGACUAUUUAACACAUUCAGCUGGAGUUAAGGUGGUCUUCGAGUCCGCCAUUGUACCAAAGUGGAAGAAUGGGGUGAUAACUUUUCACAAUGUAUUCGUUUCCAGAAGGCCCGGGCAAGGCAAGACGAAAGUCAGCAAGGGCUCCUCGAUGAGUGCCGCGGCGGCAGCUGCUGCUGAGAGACAAUCCGAGGUAGUAGGACGAAAGGAGGAAGAGGAGGAAGAUACGAACUAUACCCAAUUUGACUUGACGAUCGGAACCGUUAAUGUUACGCUUUCUUUCGUCAAAUGGUGGAACGGAAAGGGCCUCCUGCGAGACGUGGAGGUAAAGGGUGUACGAGGCGUGGUGGAUAGGACUUCAGUUCAUUGGGGCAGCGAGUACAUCGAUCCCAAGACCUAUCGACAUGAGCACAAUCCGGGAGAUUUUGAGAUAGACUCCUUUAAGAUGGAAGAUCUCUUGGUCACGAUUCACCAACCUAAGGGAUUCAGACCGUUUUCUGUGAGCAUUUUCUCUUGCGAGUUGCCACAGCUGAGGAAGCAAUGGCUAUUUUACGAUUUCCUCUCGGCAAACAAUAUGUCAGGAGCUUUCGACGGAUCACUAUUCACUAUCCAUCCCAAGCAAAUGCAUGGGUUUGCAAACGUGCACCACGAGGAGGGAAGCAGCGAGCCGAGCCCCUGGAAGAAGCAAAGCCGCCUCCGAAUCGACGGCUUGAAAAUCGACCACCUGAACCGAGGAGUCGAGGGUCCCUUCGGGUGGAUUCACGAAGGAAAUGUGGACAUCGUAGCAGACGUAUUGUUCCCAACUGAGACGGAUGAUAGCAUCGUGAAAGUGAUGUCGGAUUUCUAUGACCGCAUGGAGGCCACGGUGACUUCAAACCGCUACAUCCACAUUCUUGAAAAUCCACGAACAGCAGAUCUCAAGACACCCGAACAGAUCAAUGAGUAUCAAGAGCAGCGCAGCAGAGGAGAAGACAAACGGUUUCUUGUCAUGGACCUCCGAGUCCAUCUCAACGACGUCCGGGCUGCAGUUCCGCUCUUCACUCGCGAUCUGUCUUACAUCAAUCAAGCGCUCAUCAGGCCCAUCGUGGCUUAUAUCAACUCUCGCAACACCUUCAUUCCGAUCAACUGCCGGAUUGUGAAGCGAGCCAGCGAGUUCGACGGCAGCUGGACGAUUUUCGACAGUGGGUUGAUGGAGGACUUGUCUGCAGAGACAUACGAGGCGUUCGCUAAAGACGUAGUAGAUAGCCAAGCGAGGCUACGACGGUUGAAGAAAGUCGGAUUCUGGUCGAUUUCGCUGGCAAUUCAGGCCCUAUUCAUGGGCAUGGCGGGUAAUGUGGCGUGA